CUGUUGGGCGCCUCCGAGGCCCGGAAGCAGCGUCUCCUCAAAAUGCAGGACCAGUUCAAGCAAAUCGAGGACCUGUUCCUCACGUUCGCGAAGAAGGCGUCGGCGUUCAACUCGUGGUUCGAGAACGCGGAGGAGGACCUGACGGACCCCGUCCGGUGCAACUCCAUUGAGGAGAUCCGUGCGCUGAGGGACGCCCACCACCAGUUCCAACAGAGCCUGUCGGGCGCUCAGCGCGACUUCGAGGUGUUGGCCCAACUCGACCGCCAGAUCAAGAGCUUCAAUGUCGGCCCCAAUCCGUACACGUGGUUCACGAUGGAGGCGCUGGAGGACACGUGGCGUAACCUCCAGAAGAUCAUUCAGGAGAGGGAUGUGGAGCUCGCGAAGGAGUACCAGCGCCAGGAGGAGAACGAUAGGCUGCGCCGCGAGUUUGCGAAGUACUCGAACGCCUUCCACCACUGGAUUACGGAGACCCGGUAUGUGUGGCCAUUGGCUGCUGAGGGGAAGGGCACCUCCUCGAUGAUGGAGGGCUCGGGCACUCUGGAGGCGCAACUGGACGCCACGCGUCGUAAGGCGGCCGACGUGAGGGCCAAGCGGUCGGACCUGAAGAAGAUCGAGGACUUGGGCGCCAUUCUCGAGGAGCACCUGAUUCUCGACAACCGCUACACCGAACACUCGACGGUAGGCCUGGCCCAGCAGUGGGACCAAUUGGAUCAGCUCGGGAUGCGAAUGCAGCACAACCUCGAGCAGCAGAUCCAGGCGCGCAACCAGUCGGGUGUGUCUGAGGACGCGCUGAAGGAGUUCUCGAUGAUGUUCAAGCACUUCGACAAAGACAAGUCCGGUCGACUCAACCACCAGGAGUUCAAGUCGUGUCUCCGGGCGCUCGGCUACGACCUGCCGAUGGUCGAGGAGGGACAGCCCGACCCGGAGUUUGAGCAGAUCCUCAAUGCGGUCGACCCUAACCGCGACGGCUACGUCUCGCUGCAGGAGUACAUGGCGUUUAUGAUCAGCCGGGAGACGGAGAACGUGACCACCAGUGAGGAGAUCGAGAAUGCCUUCAGAGCCAUCGCCGCCAAUGAGAGGGCGUAUGUGACCGCCGAUGACCUCUACCAGAAUCUGACGAAAGAGAUGGCGGAGUACUGUAUGAGACGAAUGAAGAAAUACGUGGACCCGAAGACGGGUCGGGAAGUGGCCAAUGGUUACGAUUACAUCGACUUCACGCGCACUCUAUUCCAGAACUGAUCCCAACUCUGGGCUCAACAACACAUAAACCAAUCGUUUUGUGUUUUAUUAAUAUUUCUUUUAAUUAAUGUUUUUAUUCGUAGUUUUAUUACUAUUAUUAUGAUUACGAUUCAAAUCAAACGCUAUUUUGCAACACAUAUAUAUAUAUAUAUAUAUAUAUAUCCGCUAUAUUUACCGCACCGGUAGGGAACGGCUGCUAAUAGUUUAUAUACAGUAUAAGAAUUCACGUAAUAUUUACAAAACUAUUAUAUCUAUGAAGAGCUUUAUUAUCGCAUUAUUUAAGAGCUAUUUAUUUAAAUUUAGAAACAAAUCACGAAUCAAACCAUUAGUCUAUUUAUAAGAGUUUUUGAAAUUUAUUUUUAGUUUCGUUUACUUUUUGGA